AUGAGGACAUGGCUAUUAUUCUGCUUUCUUGUGCUCAUAUCGCUAAGGGAGUGUUUCAGUAUGAAACAUGAAUACGACAUGGGUCAAAAUAAUGCGGGAAAAAGACGUAGGACAGCAUUUGGCAUCAGUUUUCCUACGCAAACUAUAUCAAAGGCAGCUAAUGGGGCCAAACAUAAAGACAGAGAACACUCGAACAAGAGCAAAGGACUCUCCACUACUGAGAAUAUUGCAUCGCGCAGUCAGCAACGUGAUCUGAUCAUUGGCGCACCAGAUCUGAGUGAUGCAUGCUUUCGAAUCUAUAACGAAUGCAUUAUUAUCAGUGCGCAACCGUACGAGCGGAAAAUCAAUAUGCAAUUAGAACAAUGUAAGCAACGAUGUAUGCAAUCACAAAAUGGCAUUUACAGUUGUCGAUCAUUAGUGUAUGAUUUUGCUAAUAAGAUUUGCGAUUUCUUUUCUCAUCAAGGUGAUCAACCACCGGCAAAAUUGCUCAAAUACUACGAACAUUCUUAUUUGGAGCCAACUUUUGCUGAUGGCUACGGAAAAUUAGGCAAUACCAUACUACUAAAUGUUUCAACUAAAGAAGAUACAAAUCAAAAGACAUGUAAAGAAGGCACAAUUACUAAGUAUCUGCGGACUCCAGGAUUUAAGCUUGACAGUGUCAGUCAGAUAGAUCUGAAGGCUUAUAAUUUGGAUGCAUGUAUCGAUGCAUGUACCAACAACAUCGAUGAUAAAGGACGCAGUUUCGGAUGUCGUUCUUUUGUUUAUGACGAAAACGGUUGUAGCUUAUUUAGAGAAGUAGCGACGUCACGAGGUGUCAGACAGCUCAAACCAAAUUUAUAUGCUAACUAUUAUGAGAAGAUUUGUGUAGAGGAUGAUUUAAUAAGUAACGGAUGUCAAAGCGCAAAUCGUUUCCCACAAAUGAUACUGGUUGGAUUUGCGGAAAUAGUAGUUACAGCACGAUCAUUUAUGAGAUGCUUCGAGAAUUGCUUGAAAUCACGACAGUUGUUUGCAAUGAACUGUACCAGUGCCUUAUAUUUUUAUGAGGAAUUGGAGCAAAACUGUAUUCUAAACAGUGAGAAUAGACAAACGCAAAAGAAUCUCUUUGUCGAAGAGAACACAGAUAUUGUGGAUUAUUUCGAGAUAAGUUGUCCACUAAGAAAACAAAAGAAAGUGGUCGAUGAUUUACUGUUCAAAAGUUGA